GCACCGUGGAGUCCCGGUCUUUUCAGCGGCGGUUACAGGUAAACUCAGCCGAGUAAAGGUGCCUUUGGGCGGACUACAGAGCACCGUGGAGUCCCGGUGUUUUCAGCGGCGGUUACAGGUAAACUCAGCCGAGUAAAGGUGCCUUUGGGCGGACUACAGAGCACCGUGGAGUCCCGGUGUUUUCAGCGGCGGUUACAGGUAAACUCAGCCGAGUAAAGGUGGCUGUGGGCGGACUAUAGAGCACCGUGGUGUCCCGGUGUUUUCAGCGGCGGUUACAGGUAAACUCAUCCGAGUAAAGGUGCCUUUGGGCGGACUACAGAGCACCGUGGAGUCCCGGUGUUUUCAGCGGUGGUUACAGUUACCGACGGAGCUGUUUCAGUGUGACACAUCAACAUGGAGCCUGAAGACAGAAUCACACCGAGCCGCGAGAACUGCGUUUAUACCAGCUGUUACUGUGAGGAGAACGUCUGGAAGCUGUGUGAGUUUGUCCGAGCGGAGAGAACAGCACCGCUGGAACAUCUGUUCGUGGUUUUCAUCUCAAAUGAGAACAGAACGGUUCCUCUGUGGAAGCAGAAGUCUGGGCGAGGAGACCAGCCGGUGAUCUGGGACUACCACGUCAUCCUGCUGCAGCGGGGACCUCAGGGUUCUUCUUUUGUGGUGUAUGACCUGGACUCUGAGCUGGAGUUCCCCUGCAGCCUGAAGCUGUACGCAGCCGAGGCCCUACGCUCAGACACACACCUGAGAGGCUGUUACCAUAGGAAGUUGCGUGUGGUCCCUGCUGACAGCUUCCUGUGUAACUUUGCGUCCGACCGCUCCCACAUGAAGAACUCUGACGGGUCCUGGAAGAUGCCCCCCCCAGCCUACCCCCCCAUCCACACGGCAGAGAGUCAGAUGAACCUGGAUGACUUCAUCAGCGUGAGUCCAGCUGUCGGCUGGGGGGACGUCUUCAGUCUGGACCACUUCCUGUUGGUACACCUGGGCCACUGAUGCAUUCUGGGAGGUCUUCAGUCUGGACCACUUCCUGUUGGUACACCUGGGCCACUGAUGCAUUCUGGGAGGUCUUCAGUCUGGACCACUUCCUGUUGGUACACCUGGGCCACUGAUGCAUUCUGGGAGGUCUUCAGUCUGGACCACUUCCUGUUGGUACACCUGGGCCACUGAUGCAUUCUGGGAGGUCUUCAGUCUGGACCACUUCCUGUUGGUACACCUGGGCCACUGAUGCAUUCUGGGACAGGGGACAAAAUCUCUGGGUUGUUUACAUUUCUUUAAACCAAUCACAAUCGUCCU